AUGCCGGCAGCUCUCAACUCUCAACCGGCCUCUCCGGAGCUUACGCCCGUGAAUGGUUUUACCAAUGGCAAUGGCCAUACCAACGGCAAUGGCUAUACCAACGGCAAUGGCUAUGCCAACGGUAAUGGCCAUACCAACGGCAAUGGCUAUGCCAACGGCAACGGGAUCGCUCCCGGGCAGGACAAGGAGAAGCAGCUGAACAUCCUAUACAUCAUGGCAGAUCAGCUCGCCGCGCCUGUGAUGAAAAUCUACAACCCGGAAUCCAUUGUUCAGACGCCCAAUAUUGAUGCUCUGGCCGCAAAAUCCGUCCAGUUUGACUCGGCAUACUGCCCGUCGCCGCUCUGCGGCCCUUCAAGGAUGAGCAUGAUCACGGGACAGCUCCCCAUGAAGAUCGGAGCGUAUGACAAUGCGGCCCAGAUUUUGAGCGAUAUCCCUACUUACGCCCACUACCUCCGACGUGAUGGCUACCAAACGGUUUUGGCUGGAAAGAUGCACUUCGUGAUGGACCAGAAGCAUGGGUACGAGAAGCGUCUAACCACUGACAUCUAUCCCGGCGACUUCGGCUGGGCAGCCAACUGGGAUGCGGAUAUUGAGAGGCCCGAGCAAAGGCUAGAAUGGUAUCACAAUGCGAGCUCCAUCGAACAGGCUGGUGCUUGUGUUCGCAGCAACCAGCUUGAUUACGACGAGGAGGUUAUGUACAAGUCAACGCAGUUUCUUCAUGACUACGCUCGCAGCGGAGAGUCGAGGCGCCCGUUCUGUUUGACGGUUUCCCUUACUCACCCUCACGAUCCCUACACCAUCGAAGACGAGUAUUGGGAUAAGUACAAGGAAGUGGAAAUUGAUCUCCCCAAGGUUCCCAGAAUUCCGAACGAGGAGCAGGAUCCCCAUAGCAAGAGACUGCUCAAGGUCUGCGACUUGUGGGACAAGAACUUUACGGAUGAUCAGAUCAAGCGCGCACGCAGGGCCUACUAUGGCGCUGUCAGCUAUGUUGAUGACUGUGUUGGCAAGCUGCUCAAGGUCUUGGAGAAGUGCAGACUUGCCGACGACACCAUCAUCGUCUUCAGUGGCGACCACGGAGACAUGCUUGGUGAGCGCGGACUCUGGUACAAAAUGAGCUACUUCGAAUCAUCCGUUCGUGUCCCUCUUCUGAUUUCUUAUCCCAAAAAGUACACGCCUCAUCGUGUGACCCAGAACGUGUCCACCUUGGACAUUCUGCCGACCAUGGUCGAUUUGAUCGGCACGAAGCUGGUUCCUGGCCUGCCGAUGGACGGCAAAUCCCUUCUUCCGUUCCUGGAAGGACGCGACGCAGAAGGGCACGAUACCGUCAUCGCCGAAUAUACGGGCGAGGGCACCGUCAGCCCAAUCAUGAUGAUCAAACGCGGCAACUGGAAGUUCAUCAUCUGCCCCGCGGACGGCGUUCAGCUGUUUGAUCUAGGAAGGGAUCCGCUUGAACUUGAGGACCUCGCCAAGGUUCUUGCGGGGCCAAAGGCAGAGAUGCUCGAUCCCGAAUAUAGAGAGACGGCGGAAAUCAUUUUGAGAGGGUUUGAGGCUGAGGCGAGAGUGCGCUGGGACUUUGAAAGUAUCACCGAGCAAGUCCUUCUCUCGCAGAGGAAACGCAGAUUUGUGUGGAGCGCCUUUACGGCGAAGGACUCACAGAGCGAGAAAUGGGACUUCAAUCCGAUCGAGGACGGCCGGGAGAAAUACAUCCGUUCACAUAUGCCCCUCGACGAUCUUGAGCGUAUGGCUCGCUUUCCGCCUGUCGACGCCAACGGCAAUGAGCUACCCAAGGGGGCGCCCAUCAAAGUUCACCAAGCAGGCUCCCAUGAAGAGUGA